GGCUAAAAAUAGUUUCGUUUGUAGGAAUUUGAACUUACCUGUUGACCCCAAGUGUAUCUACUCCGAAAUAGCCACCAAUUAAUUAUUUAUUUAUUUUAAAUUGGUCUCUGCACUCCACUGCGGUAGGCAUCUAGAGUGCACUAGUGCAGACUGUGUGCAGUGCUGUAGCUUAUGAGCGACAGGGAGGACACUAGAGAGGACAACCGGAUCUUGCGAUCGGCGAGACGCCCGAUUGCCCACUUGGCAUUAGGACCAGAGGAUGACACGUACCUGUUCCGCCAGCGUAGGGCGAGGUUGCAGCAGCAGAGGAGGGCUAGAGCAGCAGAGGCUAGCAAGGCACUUGCAAGUGAAGCCGCAGCUUCGGAAGCCAUGGCCACCUCUGCGCAGCAGACUACUCAAGCCGGUAGUUCAGGAUCUGUAGGGUCAAUAGUCGCACAGACCCAGAGUCAGUCCGUUGGCGUUAUGGCAAGCCAGCCACCGGUGAUGACACCCGAGGAGGUGGCCAUACAGCGAGCUGCUGCUCGCGAGGCACAACUACAGCAAGCUUUAGGAGAGAGAAAGGCUGAAAAAGAGAGAAUGAUUAGAAGGAGAGCCAGGAUGCAGUGGAGGCAAGAGGACGUCAGUGAGUUAGGGGAGAUGGACCCAAUAGAAAUGGAUGAUGAUGUGAGAGUCAUUCGGUCGGUCCUGUUAAGUGUAAUGGAGAUGCAGGAUCACCAGACGGAGAUCUUACAGGACAUCCAGCAGAGUUUGGCUGUGUUAGUCGGGCGGAUGCAGGCGUCACCAUCACCGUUCGGGCCAGGUGCCUGGCCCGUUGCACAUCCUCCUCCUUUUGUCCCACCGGUGACAUCCCCAUAUGUAGCCCCAUCAUCGGUCGCUAUCGUUUCCCUGGGCAUGCCGUUAUCAGGAGGGCUCUCAGCAGGUCCUAGUUUGCAGGUCCUUGUACAACCAGUGUAUUCCCAACCUCCGUUGCAGAUUGCAGUUACAACGCAACCUGCUGUCUCGCAGCCUGUACAGCCGCAGGGUGCACAACCGCUGCAGCCAGUGCAGCCGCAUGUAUCACAGGGUCCACAGCCCAAUGGGAUGCAGGGACCGGGACAAACACACGUCGUCCCGCAAACACGUCCAGACCCAUCGAGCCUUUGUUCGAUGAAUGUGUUUGAGUUCGUAGAGGAGCUAGAGGAGUGGUCUAGAUCGGACCCGCUAGCUUCUUGGACGGCUCUAGUCAAAACCUCGAAGGGUGAGAUGUUCGUCAGCGAUGUGGUCAUUGGCGGCCGCAAGGCUGGGGCCUAUUAUGACACUUGCUCGACUAGGAACUUUAUCAGUCGCGCAUGCGUUGAGAGGCUGCGCUUACAGGGGCAAGUGCAGCGCCUGAGUCGACCUGUGGAGUCGACCUGUGCCAACAAACAGCGCAUGGUAGUCAACGACUACCUCCAAGAUGUUGAGUGUUGUUUCCCGUACGCGAGAGGGGAAUUGAGACAUCGCGUCUUGUUCCUAGUGAGUGACGAACUCCCCAUGCACAUGUUGUUAGGUAUGUACUACCUCUCUGUGGCACAGCCCCAGUUUGACUGGGACCGAAAAGUGGUCAAACACACUUUGCCAGGUGGAGGGACUGCCAGAUUGCGUAAGUUUAAAGCUAGUAGUCUGAUUGAGUCCCACGGAUGCAUGUGUGCGGCCGCGUUCUACAAUUAUUAUAAGCAAAAUCAGGAGGAGGGUAUGUAUCUAGUUCAUGUCUCUGCUGCAGGCAAGCCGGUGAAAAUGCCGCCGGAGAUAGAGGGAGUAGUUGCUAAGUACCCUGAUCUAUUUGAAGAGCCAACAGGGGUUGUUGAGAGGGAGGUCGUCCACGCAAUAGAGAUUAUCGCAGGGUCUAGCAUCCCAAAGGGUAGGAUCUAUCGGAUGUCUCCAGGCGAGCUCGAUGAGCUUCGCCGGCAACUCAAGGAACUCGUAGAGAAGGGUUGGAUCCGACCGAGUGUCUCUCCUUAUGGGUCUCCAGUACUAUUCGUACCUAAGAAGAAGGAGGGAACACUUAGGAUGUGCAUUGACUAUAGGGGCCUCAAUGCCAUCACUGUUAAGAAUAGAGAGCCCCUACCGCGCAUCAACGGUUUGCUAGAUAGAGUGCAAGGGUGUCGGUACUUCAGUAAAAUAGAUCUGAAGUCCGGGUACCAUCAGAUAGCAAUCCGGCCUGAGGAUCAACACAAAACCGCAUUUCGGACCAGGUACAGUCUAUACGAGUUUGUGGUGAUGCCUUUCGGUCUUUGCAAUGCUCCUGGCACCUUUCAGCACGCUAUGAAUCGGAUCUUUCAUGACUACUUGGAUAAGUUUGUCAUCCUGUACCUCGAUGACAUACUUACUUUUAGUAAGACUGUCGAGGAGCACGUUGCGCACUUGGACAAAGUCCUGAGUCUUCUGCGACAGCACAAGUUCAAGAUCAACGGUGAGAAGUGCGAGUUUGGCUGCACUUGUGUCUUGUACUUGGGUCAUGAGAUUUCCACGCAGGGAUUGAAGCCCGAUGACGCGAUGGUGGCUAGUAUUCGUGACUGGCCGCGUCCUCAGUCUGUGACUGAGAUGAGAUCUUUCUUAGGGAUGACCGACUACUAUCGCAAUUUCGUGAAAAACUAUAGCAUACCCCAGUACAUCAAGGGCGAGUACAACAAGGUUGCUGAUGCCUUGUCGCGUAGACCUGAUUUCUCAUGUGCGCUGAUCACUGAGUUUGGGCUUGAGGACAAUGUUACUCAGUCCAUGGUGGAAGCCUAUCGCGAGGAUCCGUUCAUGUCGGAGAUCAUCCGCAGACUCGAGGCAAAGGAAAAAGUGACUUCUGCUGAGUUUGAGUUGGUCAACAACUUGUUGUUCCUUGACAACGCUAGGAAUAAACGUUUACGUGUUCCUAAUAGGGAGUCUUUGCGUAGUUUAUUUCUAGGAGAAUGUCAUGAUGCCACCGGACAUUUUGGCUUUAAGAAGACUGCAGCCAAUCUGUUGCAGCGAUUCUGGUGGCUCACGAUGAUCAGAGAUGCGAAGCUGUACGUGGAGACUUGUCAUGUCUGUCAAAGAGACAAGCCACACACUCAGGCUCCUCUUGGGCUUCUGAAGCCCCUUCCAAUUCCGGAAAGGCCUGGUGAAAGCUUGUCCAUGGACUUCAUGGAUACACUGGUCACCAGCAAGAGUGGGAUGAGGCACAUCUUCGUUAUUGUGGUCAGAUUUAGUAAGUAUGGUAGGUUAGUAGCGAUGCCGGAAACAGCAAAAACGGAAUAUGUGAUUAGAAUGUUCAAAGAGAACUGGGUCAGGGAUUUUGGUUUACCGAAGUCCAUUAUAAGUGACAAGGAUGUCCGAUUUACCACCGAGUUGUGGAAGGCAGCCGCUGCGGAACAAGGAACACCGUUGCAAAUGACUUCUGGGAACCACCCAGAGGCCAAUGGCCAAGCCGAGCAACUGAACCGCGCUGUCCAACACCUGAUGAGGCAUUACAUCAAGCCCAACCAGGUGGACUGGGAUGAGAAGCUUGCUCUCAUCGCCAGCCUGUACAACAACGCGGUACACAGCGCUACCGGGGUGAGCCCAAACCGCUUACUACUGACUUUUAAGCCUAGACUACCCGUGGAUUUUCUAUUUCCUAAGAACCAGUCAAACUGCUGCUCCGGGUACCUUAGAAUUUGCUUACCGGUAUGAACAGAAGAUGCAGCAGGCUGUAGAACAGAUGCAGAAGGCACAGGCGGCUAUGAUAGAAUCUGCGAACAAACACCGCCGUGAGUC